CUUCCCCUUUCUGUCUCUCUGUAGGCGACGUCACCCUUGCCCCGUUGGAAGCGGAGGAGAGGAAGCGGCGAGGAUGUCGCUGGCGGCGGACCCGUCGCGGUGGUGGGCCCCGGAGGACGAGGAGGACCUCCUGGACUUCCUCCUGGGAGGGGGCGCUUCUCCCCCGGAAGGCCCCGCCCCUUUCUUGGCCGCAGAGGACCCGGAAGUGGAGGACGCGGAGCUGGGGGCGCUGCUGCGGUGCCUCUGGGAGCCCCUCGGGGAGGAGACAGGCCCCGCCCCCUUCCCGGGAAGCCCCGCCCACGCGGAGAGCGUCCACUCGGAGCACAACUACUUCCUCAACCCCCGCGACGCCUCGCCGGAGCCCCUCGGGGCGGAAGUCGCCAUCGACCUGGAGUGGUGGGAGGGCCCAGAGGCCUUUGAAGAAGGCUCCACCUGCAGCAGCGGGAGCAGCCCUGGGGGGCCCGGCCUCCCCGUCUCCAUCACGCUGGAGGACCCCCUUCCUCUGGGAGAGGAGGGCAGCCUGCAGAGCUCUCCGCUGGUGCUGACGGAGGAGGAGAAGAGGCUCCUGGAGAAGGAGGGGGCCACCAUCCCCCCCAACCUGCCCCUCACCAAGGCGGAGGAGCGUGUCCUCAAGAGGGUCCGCCGGAAGAUCCGCAACAAGCUCUCAGCGCAGGAGAGCCGCCGUCGGAAGAAGGUCUAUGUGGACGGCCUGGAGAGCAGAGUGGUGGCCUGCACAGCCCAGAACAGCGAGCUCCAGAAAAAGGUCCAGCAGCUGCAGAAGCAGAACUCGUCCUUGUUGGAACAACUACGGAAGCUGCAAGCCAUGGUCCAGCGGUCGACCACCAAGACCACCACGGCCAGCACCUGCAUCAUGGUGCUGCUGCUCUCGUUCUGCCUGAUCCUCUCUCCCAACCUGUUCCCUUUCGGAGGGCAGGAGCGCCAGGCGGAACUGCAGAGAGUGCUGUCCCGGCGCCUGCGUGCGUACCAGAGCGGGGCCGUGCAGGAGCUGGUCAGCGAUGGCCCCCAGACCACGAUGGCAGCGCCCGGCGCCCCUUUGCAGGCCCUGGAAGAGGAGACGCCGCUCCCCCCGGAAGCCCUGCUGCAGCCCAAGGAAGGGCCCCUCCUCAACCAGUCCCUGGGAGACCCCCGCAGCCCCCCUCCGCCAGGCCAGGACCCCUCCGAUUACGACAGCAGCAGCAACUCCUCCUCCUCUGCACCAGCUCCACCCGCCCCUGUUCUGCAAGGAGAGCCCCCGUCGAAGGAAAGGGCCCCCCCUGCAGCCCCCCUCGACCAGGAGCACAGCUGGGUGGGCCGCACCACCAGCGUGGUCAUCCAGCCGCGACGUUCGGACGAGAUGUGACAGGCGGACGCUUGGGCAGCAACGCAAAGGCCGUGACAAUGCGCUCGGACGCUGCAGAGGUCGGGCCAAGAGUGGAG